GUGUCUUUUGUGCGUGUCAGUAGGAGUGUCCUUGAGUUGCGCAAUAGGUACCUUGGGUAUUUUUAUUUUUCAUUCUAUAAAUAAGCGAAAACACUCUUUAGUUUUUCAGCCCAGAUUUUGGAUAAACUUUAAUUAGUUUUAGCUAGCAACAUCUAGAUAUGAGCUGCAAAAUUCAAUUGUCAUCAAUACCGGAAGUUGGAUCUAGCUUUAAUGGAAAAGUAAUAUGUCAAAUUCCCAAUGCAAUAAGGACAAGAGAUUCUAUUGAACCUGGUGCAUACGAAUUUCCUUUUGAAUUUUUUUUACCUCCUGAUUUACCAAAUUCUGUUGAAAGAGAUCACGGAUCUAUAAGAUAUUCUCUGACAGCUACUGUCGAUGUACCAUUUGGUUUUAACUAUGAGGAAAAGAUGCGAAUAUCAUUUCAACACCCUGUUGAUUUAAAUCUUCAACAUGAAGUAUUAUUGGUUAGGGGUGUAUAUCCUCAGUAUUACGAUGAUCUUAUUGUGGAUAUCAAGCUUAUUAUAGGAGUGAUCCCUCUCCACUGUAUGGCAGUGGAAAUAGAAGAUGUUGUAGAUAUCAAUAACGAAGCAGAACAUUUUGGCAAUGCUGAGAAAUUCCUAGAUGAAGAUGAAGUUUCAAAUACUCCAAAAUCUCCAAAAGCCAGAUGUGUGCAAGAAGACGAUCCCCAAAAACCUGGUUGUUCAAAAGAAGUCCCUGAACAUUUUUUUGUAACAUUACCGUCAGAUAUCAUUCCUCUGCCAUUACUUACUAAAAAGAGAAAACGAACAAAAAAAGGAUUGAAAUCUACUCUCCUUACCUCAACACCUAAUAAAGAACAACUGGAAAUUCUAGAACAGGAGAAACGAAGAAAAAUCGAAUUGAAAAAAAGAAAGGAAGCCAUUAGAAGAAAUAAUACAAUGGUGAGAAAUUUUUUUGAAGAAGAAAGAAGCAAGCUCAAGGAAAACCAAAACCAAUCGUCUUCUGACUCAGAUGUUCAAAUGUCCCUUCAUGAUAGCAGCAGCGAUAUGAAUUACUUCGAAAGUGAUUCCGAAUUAAGUAGUGGGUCAGCUGGGUUAAACGUAGAGAAGUUCGCUGUAGUAAAAGUUUAUGGAAAAACGAAAGACUCAUGA